AUGAGAAAAGCAUCCAUUGCACUGCUGUUUAGUGGUGCUAUUUGCUUACUUGUGGCAUUGGGCAUAGUUGAUGCUGUAGGACAGGUAUACAGGUCGGGUGAAAUCCAGCGCAACAACAAGGAUGACCGGAAAGGUGGUUUCAGAGAUGAUGGCGGUAGAAAGAGCAAUGAAAAAAUAAAAGCAAUGAAACCAAAAGAUAAUGGAGGCAGAGGCAGAUUUUCAUCGGAAGAAGUUGACAGAUUUUUCACUCACCACGUUGAACCUGAAAGGGCGGAAAGAAGAGAUGGAAGAUUUGACGAUAGGCGAGGCAGUGAUAAGAGGAAACCUGAUCCAAGAGACAAUUUCAACAGAGGCGGGCCGGGUAUCAAAAAAGAAAAAGUAACUACGAGAAAACCUAAAACCAGGGGUCCUCCUGUAACAAGCUCAACACGAAGAAGUAUAAAUUAUGAAGCAGAUGAAACAACAACAAGCACGGAAGCUCCAACGACGACGACAACGGCUACCACCACAACCACUACGGAGGAACCUACAACAACAACCACGACGGAAAUGACCACCACCACAGAACUGGUUACGUUUGGUGCCGAUAAUAACGGAUUGGACAAUGGGCUAGAUUGGAGCAGAUUUUUACACGGUGAGCCAAUUGGCGUUGACCACAGCGCACAAACGAGAUGGGGGCUGCGUGAUCUCGUUGAUUUCAUGCGGCAAGAUAGCACCACCCCGUCUUCCCCAAAACGAAUAGUUGCUACACCAAGGACAACAACUGCAAGAUCGUCGAUCGUGUUUCCGGGAGGCUUAUUUGGAGAUAGAUUAGGUAGCAUUCUCGGUGGGAGCUCGAACUGGAUCAGCGACAGAAGAGGGACGAUAUCGACAGCAGGUCGUAGCAAUGGGCAAGGAAGAGUCGAAGAUGUCGGAGCCAAUCGCGGUGACAGUAUUGGAGGCUUAACUCGUGAUUUCCGAAAAGACACUGGUGCGAUUGGCCGCGGCACUAUUGGUAAUGAAGGCAUCGGUAACAAUGGACGAGGUGGAAAAGGUUUUUAAGAAGCUGAAUGAAUAAAUGGUUAUAAAACGAAGUAAACAAAAAGGCUUGAUUUGAUGGAAAAUAUAGUUCAUAAACAACCUGCA